AGCUGCCAACUGUCACUUUAUUUCGCUUCGGAAAAUUCGAAAAUAAGUUUACAAUUUUCACAGCUCUAAUUUUUCUUACAUUUAAUGUUAAUUAGGUAGUAACAAAUUAAUAUUUUAUGUCGAGAAGUGUUAAAAAGAGGUGAAAAUGAUAUUCUCCAAAAUAGCAAUAUCGCUGAUAGUAGCUCUAUUGUUACUUUCAAUAUUUAUGUCGAAUUUGUUGAACUUGAUUGCGACCGAUCACAAUUUCUACAUAGAAGAUAGAGAUGGGGGCAUAAACUUUACCAAAUAUAUUGGAAAUAAGUAUAAUUCUGUGGGAAGCUCGCCCAAAAAUCUUAUUUGGUUUUUACAGAUAUCAGACAUACACAUCAGUAUAUUCAGGGAUCCUGGUAGAAUAUCCCAGUUUCAGCAGUUUUGUGAUAGUACUGUUAAGAAAGUUAAACCACUGGUAGUUCUAGCUACUGGGGACUUGACUGAUGCUAAAGCCAAAGACAAUCUGGGCAGUUCACAAGUUAAAACAGAAUGGGUUUAUUAUUACAAUAUAAUAAAGGAAUCAGGGGUAACAGAUGACACUGUCUGGCUAGACAUCAGAGGAAAUCACGAUAACUUUAACAUUAAAGCAUUAAAUGAUCAAGCCAACUACUUCCGCAACUACUCAGUGCAGGGAAGUUUGAGACCAAAAUCGUAUGUUCAUAUUGAUGAAAGCAAUGGGGUCAAAGUGGCAUUUAUGGGCAUAGAUGCUUGUCCUGAGCCGGGACUCCGCAGACCAUUCAACUUCAUUGGUGUCCUGGAUACACGAGAACAACAGAACAUUGCCAAACUGUAUGCAGAAGCAAAAGACAAAGCUGAUCACAUUGUGUGGUUCGGUCACUACCCAACAAGCUGUAUAGUAAUGCUGGACAAGGAGCCAGAGAAGAUGAACUUACGUAAGAUGAUUGGCGAGAGUCACAGCUCCCAAGCCUACCUGUGCGGUCAUCUGCACUCCAUGGGUGGGCUCGUGCCAUUUAUGUACACAAAACAAAAAGCAGGAUACCUGGAGCUUGAAUUAGGAGACUGGAAAGAUAAUAGACUGUACCGUCUGGUAGCCAUUGACCAUGGCCACUUAUCUUUCAUUGAUCAGAAGCACAACGUGUGGCCUCUAGUCCUGGUUACAAACCCAAAGAAUGCUCGCUAUUUGAUGCCCGGCCGGGAACCAUUGGCAUUGUCUUUGGCCUCUACGCAUGUCCGAAUUUUGGCAUUCAGUGAUGUUAACAUUAAGACUGUAGAAAUAUCUUUUGACAAAGUCCAUUGGAUGGCAUGCUAUAAUGUGGAAGGUCCAUUGUAUGUUGCACAAUGGACUCCAUCGCUAUACAAAGAAGGCUUACAUAACAUGUAUGUCAGGGUAGUGGAUGAAUUAGACAAGGAGGCUUUCAUUGAGCAUCCAUUCUCUUUAGAUGGCACUAUCAUUAAUUUCCCAGUUACACCAAGGAUAUUGCUAAUGCUUGAUGCAGGUGUUGUAUUUCAGGCUGUAUUCAGUACUCUACUAAUCCUGAACGUGGUGCCGUUAGUCAUAAUGCGGAUAACGAAGCAGCCUCCUCAGCCAGGCCGGUCCUUCCACCAGAGGAUGAUCCGACGAAUGUGGCUGCUCAGCAAAGUUGACAGAAUAUUCUACCCCAUAGUGCUAUACGCUUUAUAUCUCCCAUUCGGCCCGUGGUCCAUUGGAGAGCUGAUAGACGGGCAUAUAGGAGUCAUAUUCGCGUGGGGUAUUUUGAUAAAAGGCUCAUUUUUGCCCGAACCGUUUACAUAUAUUUAUGGAGGAGUCCAGUUGAUGUUUGUCCAGAUUCCGUUAAUACUGGUGUUGGCUCAAACGUUGGACUAUUACUUGGCCGAGCAGUACACUAGAGGGUACAAGCGAGUAGUGAAGCAUUUUCCGUUUAUUCUGCUGCUGUCUGUACAGUUGCUGCUGGCAUAUUUCUUCUGGCUGGAGUAUGGGACUUUGUCCUUUAUUCUCGGGCCGCUAAGGACGUGGAGUGUUCCUCUCAGCAUACUUCUCUGGUAUAAGACGAUGACGCUGCCGCCUGACGUUUGCAGGAAACUGCUAAGAUUGUACGAGCCGACAUCUCAAGCACCGCUCUAGAAUAUAAACCACCUGAUAGUCAAGAGGAUAAUAAUUUACGUGAUAAUAAGUAUUUCUUUGCACCAAAGAUGUAAGUAAAUGUACAUUCCAACAAUAUAUUUUUUUAUGUUGGCAUUCACCACUUUAUAGUAAAUGUGGUGCUUCUUUUGAAAAUCUAUAAUUGUGUAGUUUCUUAUUUAUGUCACACAGUCGGUAUGUUAGUCACACGAAAAACGGAGCUAUGUGAUUGGUUGAAUAGAAAGUAACAGCAAUCGCAUGUAUAACCCGCGCAGAUAAAGUAACUAUAUAAAAAUGGCGGCCUUUACAUAAGCGUCCCUUUAAUAGUAGGUAUUGACAGUCAUACUAAUACGAAUGAAGAUAGGUCUGCCGUUAUUCAUUAUAGUUUCUUUAAUUGCGCAUCUUAUACUUUUUUUUUGCGUAGUAUGUAAUGGCGGGGUUACGCAUUUUAUUCUAGGAUGCACUAAAAUGGGCCCUAGUGUUCAGAGUGAGAGGUAAUAAACAUCCCAAAUGACUGCAUUGUAUAGAAUUCUACUUCUAGUCUAAGGGAGUUUCUAGGAUUAUCGAUGCCAUUUUUUUGAAGGGCUAAGGCUGAAUGAGUGACUAAAGCUUCGUUCCCAGUAGGAAAACUGUUCGCGACCAACUGAGUUGGCGACCUAUGGGUUAACACAGUUCAGAGUUAGGUAGCUAUUUUUGUGCUCACUCUACCUAUGCAAUUUUUUUACAGUUUGCGUACUUAUUGGGAAAGCAUCUUUGUAAUAGACCAUACCGACUAAUAAUACUUAGGUAUGAUACGAUUUAAUUAUAAUACCUAUACUUUGUUAACAUUAAUUAAUUUUCUGUACACUUACAUAAUAGUUGACGACGAAAACCAAAAACAAAAUGGUUGGAUAGCAUUUAAAAGCUUUUGAGUCUAACAUCUCAGUUACAGGCUGUAUAAAAAGUCAUAUUACGUAUAAUAGGUUUAGUUUAAUACGCUUACAUUACAGCAUUUAGUUUAUAAAGCUAGGAAGUCAUGAAAAUACCUAGCAAUCAUAGUUAACGGCUUCAUUUGGCAACGACAUCUAACUGAAACCUUAUGUAUUUUGAUGCCAAAUGGUACCUUAAUGCAACGGGAUAGAGUCGUGGUUAGUGCAGCAGGGCUCUGAAACUUCGUUUUCGUAAGGCCCUUAUUGUAGUUUUUGUGAAAAGUAUCGCAAAUGUGUACGUUUUGAUGUUUAAAAAUAUAAUGUGAACUGCGUACAUAUUAAUUAUUAAUUUAUUGCAUCUUAUUAUGCCAUUUGUUUUACGAUAUCUACCGCGAGAGGCGCCACUUUGUAUGUAACAAAGGUAACAAACGGUUACUUUCAAAACCCACACUCACACAGGUGUAAAUUUUGUACUGUAAAAGGUAUCAUUUGUAAAUAUUAUCAUUCAGUUUACCUUAUUUUAACAUAAUGAUAUAGAUAUGAUUUUAGUCUCCGACAGUAGGUAAAUUUUUGUUGUGUCCAUCAACUCUCAGUUUUUAUUAAUAUCCAGGAGGGAGAUUUUUCAUUACAAUGAAGUUAUUUCUAUAGAAUUUAUUUAAUUAAAUGAUGAAAUGGAAAGGAAACCAGUUAGCCGUAUUUGUAUAUUUAUUUAUUUAUAUUUGAUGGCAGUUUUUAAAACCCUUAGAUACUAAUUAUAAAAUAUUAUUUAUCUACCUACAUAAUAUAUAUUAUUAUUUUUAUAUUGUGAGCAUUAUUUACAUAAUGUACCUAGAUAUACAAUAGCAGAUGUUAACUUUAAGUUAAGGCUUAGGUAUUAGAAUGUGUACUACUUAACUGAAAACAUAAUGUUACGACUGCGUUAAAAUUUGUCAAUAUUAAAAUUACAUAGAAAACCAGUAUUUUCGUUAAGACAGAUCUUUUACAGUCACAAGUACCUACUAAUAAUAAAUACGAAAUAAAUUGUUAAUAAUAUAAAAGUAAAAAUACAUGUUUAAAAUAAUUGACAAUAAAAAAACAUUUUAAUAUACCGAGCUAGGUACUUAUUAUGGGUUUUUGUAAUUGUAACUUUUGAGUCGACCACUAGAAUACAGAAGGUUUAAUUACAGUGAAUACUACAUACUAAAUUAUUUAAGAUAAUGAACCACUCUUAUUUAUUCAACUGACACACUUGGGUUUAGUCCCUCACAAUUAGGUAUAAAAGACAAAUCAUAUUAGAGCUUGUACUUAUGUAUGUAUAGAGAACUUACCUAAGUAUAUAUUAUUUUGUAAAUAAUAAAUGUAAAUUAGAUGUCAUGAUAUUUUCGUAUUAAAAUGUACCUACUGCUAGUUAUACGAUGUGUAAAAAAGACUAUUAUUUGUAUUGUCACUCGCUUAUUCGCAAUAACUAAUUAUAAUUAAUUUCACUGUAUCACAGAAACAA